GUCCUUAUCCAUAACACUACGUCACUCGGCGCAUUUUCAACACGCUCUCUAGUCUCCUACGUACACCGGCCAACGCCAACUUCGACCGCACGCUCUCGUCCUCGAUCCGUCCAUUUGCGCAAUCUACUCCGCUUCGACCGACCACCAACGAAGCCACUCGCCAUGGACGACGACAUCCGCGGCGACAUGACCCUCACCGAGUACGAAUUCCCUCAGACCCGUCUGAGGCGUCGUAUUCAGAGCUCAGACCGCACUCCGCUGAUCUUGGUCGCCUGUGGCUCCUUCUCGCCCAUCACCUUCCUCCAUCUCCGCAUGUUCGAAAUGGCCGCCGACUAUGCGCGCUUUAACACGCAGUUCGAAGUCGUCGGCGCAUAUCUGUCCUGUGUGGGCGAUGCUUACAAGAAGACGGGUCUGGUCAAGGCAGAGCACAGAAUCAACAUGUGCACAUUGGCCGUGGAACAGAGCAGCUGGAUCAGUGUCGACCCGUGGGAGGCUCUGCACAGCGAAUACCUGGAGACUGCCAAGGUCCUGGACCACUUUGACCACGAGAUCAACGAAGUGAUUGGCGGAGUGGAAACACCGGUCGGCAAGAAGAAGUGUCACAUUGCUUUGCUUGCAGGAGCAGAUUUGAUUCAGACCAUGGGCACGCCUGGCGUGUGGGCCGACAAGGAUAUUGAUUACAUCUUGCGCAACUUUGGCGCUUUCAUUGUCGAGCGCUCUGGCACGGACAUCGACGAGGCUCUUGCGACCUUGCAAGCCUACAGAGACAACAUCUGGGUCAUCCAGCAGCUUGUACAAAACGACAUCAGCUCGACCAAGAUUCGGCUGUUUCGAAGACGAGACAUGUCCAUUCGCUAUCUCGUGCCAGAGCAGGUGGUCAACUACAUCGAAGAACAUAACUUGUACGACGAGGAUGGUGCCGCCAGCACUGGCAGUAGUGGCGACAAGGGCAAAAAGCCCGGAGAGAGUGCUGGAGUAGCCGCCAAUAAGUGAUGCAAAGGCCUAGGAGGUACAGUAUACGCGGCACAUGAUUGUGCCAUUGACUUUAUUAAACUCGCCAAUCGCGAGGGAGUUUUGGGAUUGAAUGUGUACAGCCAGGCCGGAGCAAAGGCUGUGCGACCCCAUGGAGACGCACAGGGAUCUGCUAGAGGGGGAAGCGUCAGCAAUCACAUUGCUCUAGAUGCCAAUGAGGCCGGGGACAUGUUAGUUAUGGGUGCGGAUGUCUGAUCAAUCGUCAAGACUCGGGAGCACAGUAUAUGAUGAUAACCUGGUACGAAUAGCGUAAGUGACCAGCGAAGCGUGUAGCUUAUUGUGACUGCCGCGUAACAGGGGGGCAAGUCUCUGCUGGGGGAGCCGACAGCGGUAGUCGCUGGAUGAAUAAUGAGAAUGAAAAUGAUGAUGAUGAUGAUGAUGAAGGACGGGACAGGGACAAAUGGAGGGGAGAGGGGCUGAUAGGUCGGAGGGAAAGGUGGGGAGGAGAGGAUCUGCGGCCGGGAACGCUGAUGUCACGGCUUCAAUUCCCAUGUCAUGAGAGAGAACGGAAGCAUCCA